AUGGCCAGCGGAGAGGCUGAGGGCCUGGUGGCCUUUGAGGAUGUGGCUGUGUACUUCUCCCAAGAGGAGUGGAGGCUCCUUAACAUGGCCCAAAGAGCCCUGUACCGCCAUGUGAUGCUUGAGAACUUCGCACUUGUGGCCUCUCUGGGACUCGCAGCCUCCCGACCCCGAGUGGUUAUCCAGCUUGAUGGUGACGAGGAGCCCUGGGUUCCCAACGGGACAGACGUGGCCCCAGUCACAGCAAGAAAAGUCCAGAGGAGGCCCAGCCCUGGUGAGUGGGAGCUCAAAAAUUAUGGGGUUGUUUCUGGAGAAGCAGCAUUACUGGGGGCCUUCUUGGAUAGCCCUUCUCUGACAAGGCCUCCUGGAGUCCUUCCCUCUUCUGGCGCCUAUGACUUGGGGAAAAUCCUGGAGGGACAGCGGGGUGCCUUUCCAUCUAGGGAGAGAAAGUCCACUGGAGUGUCCAUGAUCUACUGGGAGAGCCUCCUGCCAGUCUCCGGCAGCGGGGAGGCGAGCAUCAGCUUGCGGCUGACUGCACCACUGAGGGCUGAGGAGGGUAGCCUGCCCAGGGGGAGGGCCCUCAAAGACUGCCCGACGCCAGGGAAGCAGCUGAGGGUGCACAAGCAACAGAAGCCAUAUACGCGGGAGGCACCCAGGAGUGCCUUCCUGUAUGCCCCAGUUCACGCUGCAGGGGAUCUUCCCUCGUUCAGGGAGGAAGCACUGGCGAUUCUGACCAGUGACCCUCAGGCACUCCCUACUGGCCAGGUGCCCCCUGCCGGGGACCAGCUAGGCGAGGCCCUCCACACUGGGGCUGGCCUCCUCCCAGGGGAGAAGCCCUUCGAAUGCAGGGCCUGCAGCAAAGUGUUCGUCAAGAGCUCUGACCUGCUCAAGCACCUGCGUACCCACACAGGGGAGCGGCCAUACGAAUGCGCUCAGUGCGGCAAGGCUUUCAGCCAGACAUCGCACCUGACGCAGCACCAGCGCAUCCACAGUGGCGAGACACCCUACGCAUGCCCGGCCUGCGGCAAGGCCUUCCGUCACAGCUCCUCGCUGGUGCGCCACCAGCGAAUCCACACAGCCGAGAAGGCCUUCCGCUGUGGCGAAUGCGGCAAGGCCUUCAGCCACGGCUCCAACCUUAGCCAGCACCGCAAGAUCCACGCCGGAGGCCGGCCCUAUGCCUGCGCGCAGUGCGGCCGCCGGUUCUGCCGCAACUCGCACCUGAUCCAGCACGAGCGCACGCACACUGGUGAGAAGCCAUACGCCUGUGCGCUCUGCAGUGCUGCCUUCAGUCAGGGCUCGUCACUCUUCAAGCACCAGCGCGUGCACACGGGCGAGAAGCCCUUCUCCUGCGCGCAGUGCGGACGAGCCUUCAGCCACAGCUCCAACCUCACGCAGCACCAACUGCUGCACACCGGCGAGCGGCCCUUCCGUUGCGGGGACUGCGGCAAGGCCUUCUCCAAGGGCGCCGUCCUCCUCAGCCACCGGCGCAUCCACACCGGGGAGAAGCCUUUCGUGUGCUCGCAGUGCGGCCGCGCAUUCCGCGAGAGACCCGCCCUUUUCCACCACCAGAGAAUCCACACCGGCGAAAAAGCCGGGCGGCGGGCCAGGGCGAGCACUGGCCGGCCCCCACAGUCCAAGCCUCCUUCCACGACGCUAUCGGAGGGUGCGCUAGGGAGGGAAGCCAAUCACACUGCCCCGUCAGGUCUAGCCUCAGGCCCGAAGUCCAUGCAGGCCUGAGAUCGCAACUCUGACCUAAUAUGAACACAGAGAUGGGAAGCCCAUACAAAGGACCCGUACCCUCUGCAGAUCCACACUGGGGAGGAACCCUGUGCCUGCGAACCAGGGAUGAGCUAGGGACGCGGGAAAGCCUUCAGCUGCAGUUCCAUCCGCACAUGGAAACAGGAUUUGGCACUUCAGCCAGAGCUCAUCACACCUCCAUCCCCAAAGAGUUCACACUGCAGAAAAGUCACAGGAAGGCCAGGGCAACCGGGAAUUUGCUGUCAGAGCUGGGAAGGGCAUGUUGGGACUAGGAUGAGGGUGAGGGUGCAGGGAGGAUGUAACUGGAAAUCAUCCCUGGGCUUUCUAGGUCAGGAUAGUAGACUGGACACAUUCGUCAAUCUUGGCUCAGAAACCAUGCUAAAACCAGAAAAGAGAAGUCUUAGAACACAUAAACUUACAAGUGUGAGGAUGGAAAAGGGGCUAAUGGCAACACCGUUUUGAAGCUGGAAGCAGAUGGAGGAAUUGUCACUAAUUUAGGGAAAGUCAAAUACUGCGUUGGCACUGGGGGGAAUGGAGGGUCGUCUGAGCAGGCUUAUAGUGCAGAAUUCCAGAGGCUUGAGAACCGAAGCCCAGCACCUAUGGAUGGAGUGAGAGGCAAGGGGACCUACUACAAAGAGGACUAGGAGAGAACUGAGAAGCAAAUAAGCAGCAGUUAGAACCCUUGAUCUUUCCCUACCUGGCGUAGAGGGGAAGACUCAUUUCUGGGGAUUCUGCACAGUUCCAGAGAAAAGACCUAAGGAUACUCCCAUUGUGAGACUUCCUCUUCGAAAGGGCCCAUCCUGAUAAUGCUACAGAGAAGCUCAAAGUUGACGAGCCCCACCCAUGCACAGGAGCAGAGCUUCCAAUCAGUGGGAUUCAUCAUGGGAUUAUCAGAGGACACCAAAACAGGGAAACAAUUUAGGAUUGGCUAAAUAAAUCAUAGUUCAGCACUUGAUGUGGAGAAGCAAAACUUCACCCUGUCCCACAGUCAGAUUUAAACAAUAACAUUGCCUAUUGAGAUGAACUAAAAAUAUCGCAUGGUUUAAAGUCAGGAAAGGUGUGUCAGCAUUGUAUCCUUUCACCAUAUUCAAUCUGUAUGCUGAGCAAAUAAUCUGAGAAGCUGGACUAUUUGACGAA